AGUAUUUUAUUGAGCGAAAUACAUUUUAAGAGUUAAAAUUUAAAUCCAGUCACCGCAGUUGCGCAAUCCCUUUUUUCAUUUCGACUCCGGACCUUGGAAAACUCCGCAGUGCGCAGGCGUGGCGUCCGGUUGCUAUACACUGUAUCCUGCAGGGCAGAGCGAGAUUGCAAACACUGGAGUCUCAAUAAGGAUCCCCAAUUUUGAGUUAUGCAGACUAUCUUUGCAAGCUAAUGCUGGCAUUGCAGAAGAAGAAACCACACCUGCUAACAGCACUGAAACCAUGUCGCACAGCGCCUAUGGUAAGAUAUGGGUGGCGGCCCAGGGAGCACUUGAAGACCUGAUACAGAAGGAGAUUCCCGCUGAGCCCCCGCGGCCCCAGAAGGACCAGCAGGUGGCCUUCCACACCCUGGCCACCUUCUACGUGAAGUAUGUCCAGAUCCUCCGCAGCCUGGAGACCGUAUACGACCAGAUCGUACACCCGCAGAAGCGGCGCGUGAUCCGGCACGUGCUGGAUGGCGUGAUGGGGCGCGUCCUGGAGCUGAAGAGGGAGAUGGUGGACCUAGAGUUCUCGGAGUUCCACUACUACGAUGACAUCCUGCAGGACCUCAAGCUGACCCCAGAGGACAUAGAGAUCCCAAUUCCUAGGUACUUUGUGAGCGAGAAGAUCCGGGUGCUGAAGGACAGGGAGAGGAUUCUUGCUCAGAUCCUGGCCCAAGCAGGACCGCAGGAGCUGGAGACGAAGGUGAAUGUGAAGCAGUUGUCCCUGGCGGAAGCGGUGCGACUCAUCCAGGUUUCGGAGCGGGCUCGGCAGGGCCGCCUCAGAGCCAAGUUCAUGAAGGAGAUCCGGCAGGAGGAGGAGAAGGAGCUGCAGGCCAAGAUAAGGGGGGUCACCACCCUGGAUCCGGACGAGGCGUCCACUCGCAUCCAGAAGGUAUGGAGAGGCUACAGCCAGAGGAAGAGGACGAAGAAGGAGCGUCUGGAGGAGAUGAUAUUCCUAGGGAUGCUGCCCGCUCCGCAGCAGCAGCAGACGAGCGCGGCGCGGCUCCAAGCCCAGCAGGUUGAGAGCACCCGACAUGUGGUGCAGGAGGAGCAUGAGGUGGAGUUCCAGCAUGCCCUGGUCAGCAUCAGAGAGACGAUCCGCAGCCUGGAGGGGCCCGACAUCAAGGAGAGCCUGCAGGAGCAGAUCCGCCAGUGGUUCAUCGAGUGCCACGAUGCCACCGGCAAGUUUCCAGACUACCCUGAUGAAGAGGAUGGGGGAUCUGCUGCGAUAUUUGCUGAGAAGACACCUGAGCAGGUAGCGGCAGAGCUGGCAGCCAAAGAGGAGGAGAAGGAGAAGAAGAAGAAAAGCAAAGGGAAGAAGGACAAGAAGUCUGGAAAGAAAGAGAAAAAGAAAGACAAGAAAGGGAAAGGGAAAAAGGGCAAAGGUGACAAGGAGGAGGAAGAGCAAGGAUGGAAAAUGACCCCCAGCAAUUUCCUCCCUACAGUGGUAGAAGGAAACAAAUCAUACAAAGAUGUGUGGCAGGGCAGAGAUGAGGGACACAACUUCUCCCAACGCUUUGAUGGUGAGCUCAUAAAGGAGGAGAAGAGAAAAGAGGUGGAGGAGGAAAUCAGAAUCCAGGUGGAUGAGCUGAUGAGACAAGAGCUGAAGAACCUGAAGCUGACUGUGGACCGGGAGAAAGGGAAGAAGAAAAAAGGAAAGAAAGGUGGCAAGAAGAAGAAGAAGAAGAAAGGCAAGAAGGGUGGUAAAAAGAAGCAGAAGAAAGAGAAGGACUUGACCGCAGACAGGACCAUUGAAUCCCUGUACGAGGAGCUGGUCCAGGAAGGUUUGCUCAUCAGGCCCUCCAGGACAAAGCUGACGGAUUUCAUUGGCGAGUACAGUUACCUGGGCACCACGCUCCGCCAGGCUGAUAUAGAACCCAUGCCAUCCUUAUCAGACGUCAAGCAGUUGAUGGCCCUGUAUGGAAUCCUACCCCUGGGGUCCCAGGCAGUCCACGAGAAAGCCCCUUUGAUGAAGACACUGCUGCUUGCUGGCCCGGCUGGGGUGGGGAAGAAGAUGCUGGUCCACGCCCUCUGUACAGAAACUGGAGCCAACCUCUUCAACCUGUCCUCGGCCAACAUUGCUGGGAAAUACCCUGGCAAGAGCGGCCUGCAGAUGAUGCUUCACAUGGUGUUUAAGGUGGCUCGCCAGUUACAGCCCUCGGUGGUGUGGAUCGGAGACGCUGAGAAAACCUUCUACAAGAAAGUGCCAAAAGCUGAGAAGGAGAUGGAACCAAAGCGUUUAAAGAAAGACCUUCCGAAACUCUUGAAGUCCAUCAAAGCUGAGGAUCGCGUUCUCAUUGUGGGCACCACGCGACGGCCAUUCGACGCAGACCUGAAACCUUUCUGUAAAGUUUACAAGAAAAUCCUCCUGAUCCCCAGACCUGACUACUCUUCCAGGCUGGUGCUGUGGAGUCAUGUGAUCCUGCAGAACAGAGGCCUGGUCACCAACGCCUUGGACCUCAGCUCCCUGGCUAAGAUCACGGAUGGCUACACGCAGGGACACAUGAUGCGGGCCGUCCAGGCCGUGCUGACUGACCGGCGCGUCCAGCUGCAGGACAAGAAGCCGCUGACCGCCGUGGAGUUCAUCAGCCCCCUAGCCAGACAAGACCCCAUCUACAAAGAGGAGGAGGAAGCCUUCAAGACCUGGUAUGCCAAAACCCCACUGGGUAAGAAGAGAGCAAAGGCAGCGAAAGCCAGCGAGGAGGACGGGGAGUCAGGCAAAGCAGGGAAAAGCAAGGGGAAGAAAGCUGGGAAAAAAGGAAAGAAAAAGAAGAAGAAAAAGAAGAAAUAGACAGGAGGUGGUCCUGUCGAGCCAUGGCAGAAUUUAUCCUUCCCUCUAGGGCCAUCUGCCUCCUCUUUACUCACAGAACACUGUGUGCAGCCUCCUUUCUCCAUUCCAGAUACUAUUUGAUCUUAAAAUAGCCAAAUUCCAGAGUCCUAUUUGGGUUCCUGUUUUAGGUAGGAGACGAAGAAUGUUACGGUAAAAAAUAUAUUUUUUCAACAUUUUAGGAAAGCAAUUUCUCUACACCUAUUCUUAUCAAAAAGGCUUUUAUUAACUUUCUUUUUGAAAAUUCAAUAGCUUUUCUGCCCUUUUCAUGGCUGCUUUCUUAACUGUGUUCCCCUCAUUAUUUUUCAAACCCUGCUUUAAUGAUGAGUCAUGACUGGUUUAAUUCACGAAGGUCAAAAAAUGAUUCUGCUGUAUAAUCACCCUUUCUGAAAUUGCACCUCUUUAUUAUUUUUACUUUUAAAAUUGUAUUAUUUCAUUACAUGUCUGGGAUACUUCAUUGAACUGAAGGUAUCUAAUAAGGGGAGGGGGAGAAUCCAGGCCAGCGCCUUUAAAAUCGUGUGUAAGAAAUGUUGUGUUUACUGUAGAUUCUGUUAAAAUGUGAAACUAAUUACUGUGUUCAUGCAAAAAUGCUCAAGCAAUUACUUGGAAAGCAGUGGCCACAAUGAAAUCAAGCUUUGCAGCAGUUUGUAUACUUUGUAAAUAAAUGAAUCCCUUUUAAAGAUUUAAAAAAUGUUGCAUACCUCGAAUAUUAUCUUAAUGAGAACAUCACAAUAAUAAUAAUAAUAAUAAUAAUAAUAAUAAUAAUAAUAAUAAUAAUAAUAAUGUUAAUAAUAAUGUUUUUCCUCCCUUAUACAAAUGUGGUAUAUAGCUGUGAUUUAAUUUGUUGUUCUGGGGAAAUCUGUUCAUUACAAAUAGAUGUUUAAAAAAUGUCUUAAAACAACAAAGGUUUGAAUUUCAGAAGAACUUCCACCAUACUCUUUAAAUAGCUUUAAUAAAAUAAACCUGGACAAGUUAACAGUGCACAGUAAUUGAAGUAUACAAUUAAUGAUUGAAUUCUAAGUCAUGCAGAAGAAUGCCUUUUCAAGAAGAACCUCAGGCUAGGGGAUGUCUUCCGGGGCUAUCGUCAUUGUUGGUAUCCCAGUCCUCUCCUGCUUUCAUCCCCUAAAGGAUGGCAGAAGUCUGAGCUUGGUAAUAAGAACAGCAGGAAAGCAUUAAAUAACAAAAAAUAAUGUUCUAAGAAUGUAUAAACAGAAGAAUACAAUCAUGGCUUGCUUCAGUCUCCCGGCAAACAUUCCUUUAAUUUCUGUGCCAGAAAGCUACUAAUUAGCCUGUGUAAUUGUCAUUGUUGCUUCUAAUUAUAGCCCCAGGCUACUCUAAUCCACCUUGGCUCAGUAUCGGAAUUGAUUUUUCCAGUUUGUGUUUACAGGGCAGGGUUGCUCUGCCAAGCGGCUGACCCACUUCCCACUUUUCCUAGAAGUCUGCAAUAAAGUAAAAAUACCCUACAAUGUGUGCGCUCCCAAGCUUUCUCUUGCCUAUUGCCUCUUUCCAAACCCCAGUUCAAAAGCCAUAUACACCCCUGUCUUGGCUACUAAGCGCUGCAUGGUUUUAUACAAGUCACAUGCACAACUGUACUCCAUUGAUGCUUAGCUUAAGUACUGCUGAAGACUUUCUAUUUAGUUUUAAAUAUGCCCUCAUAUUUAUUUGCAUGAAAACUAGGUCUCCUGCAUGUUCCACAAAUGAUCUUCAAUGAGAAAAUGAGAAAGCCUUAUUCUAUAUGACAUUUUAUUAUUUGAAAAAAAACACCCUUUAAAAUAGCAAAAUACUAUUAGUCUGUAUGUAUAUGUUAUUAAACUUUAUGUAUACUAAGCUUCUUCUGCACUGAGUCUGAAAUCUCAAUGGAGGUGAAUGGCAGCAUGGUAUUAAGAAUCCAACAGUCAUGUAAAGUAGAAUUAGCUAUAUAUUCUCCACAGAUAAUUGUUUGGUUUUGUUACGUCGGUCCUUAGGUCCCUGUCAGAAUAAAUGGAUUUUUUUUCUGUC